CCGCCGGGAGGGGGCGAGAGAGGAGCCGCGAGCGGGCGCCGCCGGAGACGAGAGAUUCACUGGAAAAAGGAUGAGAUAAGCAUGGAAUCUUCUAAACUGGAUUAUAUUUCGUGGAUCGCAAUUAAAAGUAGAAAGAUGGAAGGAAGUCAGAGAAUAGGUGUAUAAUGCCUGUAUAACCUCAUGAUAUAACACAGCUCGUGAUUUAUAGUAAUACUUUGUUGAUAUUCCUGAAAGAAGAAGUCAGUUACUGUGCAACAUCCUUAAUAAGAACUUGUACUGUAGUAACGUAUUUUAACCUUAACAGGACAGCAUAUUUUUUUAUAGUAUUUUUUCCUUUUUAUUUUUGUUAAGUCAGUUAAAAUACAGCCAGGUGAAGAAUUUUAGCUGACUGACUGAUCCUCGUAGAUGACUCACAGCUACACCUGGGAUAAGGGCUUAAACCCCUGAAUGGUUACUGUUAUAGUGUUGAAUGGAAUACCAUGACUUCAGAGCAAUUGUCUUAGGACCUUCUUUGCCUUGGAUCCAUCAUAUCCUUAAAUAUUCAAGUGUGAACAGUGCAAUUAUAAAGUCUAGAAAAUAAUGGCAUGGGUGAAAUUUCUAAGAAAACCUGGGGGUAACCUUGGAAAAGUUUAUCAGCCUGGAAGUAUAUUGUCCCUGGCCCCUACAAAAGGCUUAUUAAAUGAACCAGGACAGAACAGCUGCUUUCUUAACAGUGCUGUUCAGGUUUUAUGGCAGCUUGACAUAUUUCGUCGGAGUUUAAGAGGUUUAACUGGGCACGUGUGCCAGGGAGAUGCGUGCAUAUUUUGUGCUUUGAAGGCAAUAUUUUCACAAUUUCAACACAGUCGAGAAAAAGCACUCCCAUCAGAUAACAUGAGACAUGCCCUGGCAGAAAGUUUUAAAGACGAACAGCGUUUCCAGCUUGGAUUCAUGGAUGAUGCAGCAGAAUGCUUUGAAAAUAUCCUUGAGAGGAUUCAUUUUCACCUAGUGCCAAACAGCGACACAGAUAUGUGCACUUCAAAAUCCUGUAUUUCUCAUCAAAAGUUUGCAAUGACACUGUAUGAACAGUGCGUAUGCCGUAGUUGUGGAGCAUCAUCAGACCCGUUGCCUUUUACGGAAUUUGUGCGUUAUAUUUCUACCACAGCUUUGUGUAAUGAGGUAGAAAGAAUGAUGGAGAGGCAUGAGCGUCUCAAGCCAGAAAUGUUUGCGGAACUGCUGCAGGCAGCAAAUACUGCUGAUGACUACAGAAAGUGUCCUAGUAACUGUGGUCAAAAAAUAAAAAUUCGUCGUGUUCUUAUGAAUUGCCCUGAGAUUGUGACAAUUGGUUUAGUCUGGGACUCAGAACACUCUGAUCUGACAGAAGAGGUUAUGCGGAACCUGGCAACGCAACUUUAUCUUCCUGGGCUCUUCUAUAGGGUUACAGAUGAAAAUGCCAAAAAUAGUGAACUUUUUCUUGUGGGAAUGAUUUGCUACACAAGCCGACACUACUGUGCCUUUGCUUUUCAUACCAAGAGUUGCAAAUGGGUGCUGUUUGAUGAUGCUAAUGUGAAAGAGAUUGGAACAAAAUGGAAAGAUGUUGUCUCCCGGUGCAUUCGAUGUCACUUUCAGCCGUUGUUGCUAUUUUAUGCUAACCCCGAUGGCACAGCUGUAUCUCCAGAAGAUGCUCCAAAGCAGAUUAUCCACUGGUCUCAAAACAGAGCAACAGGAGGAAAUGCAGAAGACUUGGGAUGUGAGAAGCAUUCUACUCCUAAAACAGACCAUUCAAAAGAGAAUGGAAUUGGAGACUCUACUAGUCAAAGGGGUAAUAAAAAACUUCAGCCAGAUAGUUCAGCAUUCAGUAGAAGCCACGUUCAAGCUAGUGGUGGUAAAGGUCCAGCUAAGUUAGCUUACAGUGAUCAAAAGGACAGGCUGAAGGACAUAUCCAGAGAGUGUGCUCAGAAAGCUGCUGAUAUGAAAAACUUCUCAUCUUUACGAAAGGAUGCAGACAGAGGACCAAGAAGAGAAUCUGGGAGACAAAGAGAUUUAAUUGGGGAAGAUCGUUCCAAUUUUAAGACAGGGUCUCCUCCGGUUGGAAAUGGACUUAGACAAUGCACAGAUCAGCGCAUAUACAGCAGCCAGGGAAGAGGGCCUUAUAAACAUGACAGUGUACCUCCCCAAACAAAACUUCCUGUACAGGUGCUUGGAUCAAAUAAAACAGAAACUUUUCCUGCUGGUGAGAAACCAAUGCUUAGGACCCGAAAUGAUGGUGUCACUGGCUAUGAUACGGAUAGCAGUCAAGACUCUAGGGAUAAAGGAAGUAUCAUCAGUAGCAGAAGCAGAAAUAGAGGCUGGAAACCCAUGCGAGAGACACUAAAUGUAGACAGCAUUUUCAGCGAAACGGAGAAGAAACAACAUAGCCCAAAGCACAAGGCAAACCUGAACAGUAAAUCUAAGCAUGAAAAAGAGCGAAGCUUUAACCAUUGGCCAAAAGAGAACCAAAUCCAGAAAGGUUUAAUGACUAUAUAUGAAGAUGAAACAAAACAAGAUACGGGAAGUAGAAGUUCUUUGGAUUCAGAGGGGAAAGGGAAUGCUGAAAAAAGCAAAGGAUUUGCCGAGAGAAAAAUCCAUGGUGAUAACUGGCAAAUUCAGAGGACAGAAUCUGGUUAUGAGAGCAGUGAUCAUAUCAGCAAUGGAUCAGCAAAUCCAGACUCGCCUGUUAUUGAAGGAAUCAAUCCAGCAGAUGUCAAGAAUAUUAAAGAAGGUGCUUCCUGCAGUGAACAGAAUUUGUCAACAAAAAAAGCUGAGAGUGUGUUACAUUCGGUAUCCCAGCAGAACAGAAACUUCUAUGACUCUAGGAAAGACCCUAUCAAUACAGAAGUUAACUACAGACCUCAUGUUAAUAUCCCAACAGAAUUGCACUUGCAGGUGCCCAGUCCUCAAGUAAAGAGAGCUGAAAUGCCUGAGAUCAAUAGGAAAUUUUUCCCAUCAUCAACUCUACAGCCAAUUGUUAAAGAGAUCGUGAAAUCAGACAGUAGGAACAAGGCAAAUGAACAGAAUUCUUCAGAGUGGCUUAAUCCGGACAGAGUUGAGACAAUGAAUGUGUCAGCAUAUUGUGCUGAUGGUGUACCCCACCCUUAUACAGAAAACAACUGUGGAAGGAAGCCCAUCAACAGUGACUUCCACCCUUCUUCCCAACCGCAGCCUCAUCAUGCAAGAACAUUUGGUCCCAAGGUGGGGUUUUCACCUUUCGUGCCACAGAAUCCCUCAGAAAGGCCCACUGUGCUGCCUCCACCCUGUGAGAAUGCCGGACGCCAGCUCCGAAGGGUGGAUGCUCUUUGGGUGCCAGAAGCAGUUUACCAGAAUCUUCCUCCCCCUCUACCUCCAAAGAAAUAUGCUCUGAAUAUUUUGCCAGGAUCAGAAACUAACUCAGUAGCUGAUGUAAAAUCAACAGAAGCAUUGCAGAAUAAUUUAAGACAAACAGGUGCACCUUUUAAGUCUGCCUCAGAAGCAAAUGUAUUUACAAGUGAACAAAGGCUUAAAGAGUCGUUUCAAGGGAAUGAGAUGUUUGUUCAUAAACCAGAUUCUCCACCUAGCUUACCAGUUAAUGACUUUUGGUUGAUGUCUGAGAACUUCUUAAAGAAAGGAUCUCGUCAUACAGGACCAAAUGCUGGUUAUGUGGAUGGAAAUGAUAGUGUAUCCCUAACAACUUAUUUUUCAGUAGACAGUUGUAUGACUGACACAUACAGGAUGAAAUAUCAUCAGAGACCCAAGCUUUAUUUUACAGAUAGUGGAAGCUUUCACAAAGAAAAGCAUCUAACACCAGCUGGAGUAGAACUGAAUGCUACAUACCAUACUACUCUUGAGCCCAGGCAUCCCACAUCCGAGCAAAGGUACAAAGCAAAUGUAGAAGGCUUACACUGUAGUAGAUAGAUUAAAAGUACAUCUGGAUCUGACUGUUGCAUUUCAUAUAGUCUGUAAAUGGGCACAGGACUUGAAUGUGUGUGGUAGGUUGGUACCCAGUAGGCUGUAUUUUGCUUAGGAGUUAAAAUGAAUAUGCAAACGUAGGUGAACAGAGGAGAAGAGGUGCUAAACUUCUAGUUCUUUGAUUUAUUACUCCUAGUUGCCUUAAUGCUUACCUCUGUUACUUGGCUUGUCUUCUAUAAUUUAUGUUAAAAAGGGUCCCUUUAAGUGUAUGCAUUUUACAGCAGUGGGAUCAACUCGAUGUUACUAAUUGAUAUAUAUAUGUUUUUAAGACUUAAAUAGCUGCAAUAUAAGAAGUGUUCCUUCAGACUUCAGUCAUUACAUACUUAGACUAACAAAAGGAAUAAAUAUAUUACCAG